AUGAUGGAAACACAAACUUCUUCUGAAAAUAUAAUAAAAAGACCAUUUCAUUUACAAGAACACGAAGAACUGACGAUGGUUGAACAAGUGAAGCAGUCAUUUGACUCUAUUACAAGAAAAAUCGACGAAGACAAAAACUUAAUAUUGGAUAGACAAAUCAUAAAAGAAAUUGUAGACUUAGCUAUUCAAUCAAAUGAAAAACAUUUAUGUGAUUCUAGUAUUAUCGAUCAUCGUGCCUUUUUUAUUUUACGUGAUUACUUUUUAAAUCUUCUACAACGUUGGCGCUUCGGUGAAGUAUUCGAUGAUACAUCUUAUUUUAUUUUCGAAUCUAUUUCGAGUUUAUUUCUAAAAAUGUCGAGUCAUAUAUCGAAUGGAAAUCUAUCUACAUUAAAAGAAUUAAUUUUUCAUGAAACAUUUCUCAAUGAAAUGAAUCGAUUUUUUGACGAAUUAUCGGUGAAUGGUAAAUAUCUAGAAGAUCAUCAAAUUAAAAGUAUGGAUAAUUUAUUGAGAACGAUUCAACGUCUUGAAAGAAUUAAUUUCGAUACUAAAAAAGAUUAUUUAUUUGAUAAUAUAGUUAAAUGUAUUUGUUCAUCAUCAUUUAUUGAAAUAUUUCUUCAAUCUGUAAAUCAAGACAAUGAAGAUGUAGGGCACAGAUUUUUAUUAAAUACAUGCACUGAUUACAUAUAUUCUCAUUCAACUGAUCAAAAACAUAAACAAAGUUUAAUUGACAUUCGUCAAACACUUCUUCGUCCAUUUACUCAAUGGUUAAUUCAGCAAUCAUCGUUGUUUCGCUUUUGGAAUAAUCGAAUGCUUAUUACUUUACGUCAGAUUUGUUUCUUAUUAACACUUAGUAUUCAACUUAAUCGAUUGAUUCUUCUUGAUAAAGAUAUAUUAGAUGAUUAUUAUCAAAUAAUUGAUUCAUUUGUUAAUAUUCUUUAUUCAAUAAUUCAAUCUGAGAAUAAAACCAAUAAUAAAUUAUCGCAAUCAUUAAUAGGAACAAUAAUACCAAAUAUAUACACAAUGACAUUAUCGAAACAAUUAGAAAAAUAUAUUCAAAAUAAACAUAUUAUUUCAUUAAUAUUAAAAUUAACUGAUUUUGAAAAUGAUGAAAUACAAUUAAAUGCAUUUAAAAUUCUUUCUUCAAUUACAACGGAACAAGAAACAAAAAAUAUUGUUUAUUCCAAUACUAUUGCAAGUCUUUUCAUUAAAUUUCUUAAUAAAGUUAUUGAUGAUUCAAAUCAAACAUUAAGAUUUUAUAAUUUGCUUCGAUCUCUCAAAAGUUUAAUUCAAUAUGAUCAAAUUACAGAUGAACUGACAAAACAGAAUGGCCUACCUUUAAUAAUGCGUUGUGCAACAGAUAGUAAAUUUAAACCUAUUCAAGUACAACAACCUGCUUUAGAAAUUCUUUUUAUUCUUACAUUUAAUAACGAAGCUUAUCAGCGUCUUAAAUCAUAUUCUACGGAAAUAAAACCAUUUUUAUCUUCAUCUCAUCAACGAAUAUCACAGGUUGCUGAUAUGAUUUUGUGGAAACUAGAAAAAGAAGAACAAGCACUUACAAAACCGAAUAUUCAAGAUAGAAAUUAUAAAUAUGAUAUUAUUUUAUCCUAUUCACAAUCUGAUAAAGAUUUAUGUCUUCGCAUUUAUGAUGAACUUAUGAGUGAUGAUUUUCGAGUUUGGAUUGAUCAAGAUGAAAAUUUUACAAUGACUAUGAAUGAAAAAUGUGAAAUCAUUGACGAAUGUGAAUAUUUUAUAAUGUGUGCAUCAGAAACAUAUAAACAAAAUGCAUUUUGUCGAUCUGAAGCAUCUUUUGCAUUUGAACGACAAUUAAAAAUAAUUCCUAUCAUUGUUUUAUCUAAUUAUCGUCCAGAUGGUUGGUUGAAUCGUAUAAUUAAUGGGAAAAUUCCAAUUGAUUUCACUAAACUUGGUUUUGAAUUAGCAAAAUCAAAAUUAAAAAACGAUAUAGAUCGUCAAAGAAAAUUUACAAAAAUGAAACAAAUAAAAGAUUCAAUUUCAAUAGAUAUUCCGGUAGAUAGUUCACAAGACAAUUACAUUCCAUCUCGAAUUGAUCAAUGGACGAAAAAUCAUGUUAAAUUAUUUUUAAUAGGAAAGAAUUUAAAUCCUCUUUUAGAAAUAUUUUCUGAAAUGAAUGGCAAUCUUUUACACGAAUUAUAUCUUAUGUGUUUAUCGAAUAGAGAAUCAAUGUUUCAUACAUUAAAAACAGAAAUUUCCACAUUAUAUUCCAAUAAUCAACCAUUAACACUUAUUAUCUAUCUUCGUUUUCUGAAUGAAAUUCAAAAAUAUAUUCCAACAUUUGCUAUUAAUCAAAAAUAA